AUGGAUGCUCAAAAAUGUACUCAAAACAUCUCAGAGAAUGAUAGAGAUGCCAACCAAGAGCAGUCAGACAAAAUCAAGACUGAAAAAGAAGCAUCUGUUCAUGCAGAAAAUUCAACACAAAAAGUCUUCAAAAGCAACGGUAUCAAAUUUUUGCUUCGACAUCUUACACCCCUUGAUAUAUUCUAUGCAAUCAUGGCAACAGUUGCUUCGUGUGCUGCUAGUCUCAAAGCACCAUUAUACUGUUUGUUUUUUGGCAAUUCAGUAGGCUUCUUCGUUGCACGGUCAUCCAAUAUUUGCUUGGCUAAUUUAACGUCCCUUGCUGAAGAGCAUUGUCCACCUGGAAUCGAACUGACAGUAGCCAAUUAUUACACGUGGAUUUCAUCGUGUAAUUUUACUGACAUUAAUUAUGAUCUUUCAAAUCAAACAAAAAAGCAAAUUAAUUUCUUAUUGAUACUUGCUAUUGUCGUAUUUCUGCUAGAAUAUUUUUAUCUAACAAUAUUUAAUUUCAUAGCAGAAAGACAGGUUCAAUCCAUGAAACAGAAAUUAUUUCAACUGAUCCUUCAGCAAGACAUGAUUUAUUUUGAUUAUCACAAAACUGGCGAACUCAAUUCUUUGCUAACGAAUGAUAUGGAUAAAAUUCGCACUGGUAUUGGUAAUCAACUUGGUUUACUAAUCAGUACCUUGUCGAAUCUAAUAUGCAGUAUAAUACUUUGUUUGACUGUGGAUUGGAACUUAACAUUGGUGAUAUUAUCGGCGGCCGCUUUACUUUUUGUCUCGCCUAUCGCUGUGACAAAAUUGGUUUCAAAAUUCACUGCAAUCGAAUUGACGGCGUAUGAAAAAGCUGGAUCAAUUGCUGAAGAAGCUAUCAGUUCAAUUCGAACAGUCUUCUCUUAUAAUGGACAAACAAAAGAAUUACAACGAUACGAACAACAUGUGAAUAUGGCUCGAGCAUCUAAUCUCAGAAGAGAUCUUUCCAAUGGUUUAGUAAUAAGCAUUUAUUUUCUGUUUUCAUUUCGGCAAUGUAGGUUUAUGGUACGGAGCGAAACGCGUUCUUGA